AUGUCGAAUAGCGCAUUCCCCCACGAAUCCCGGAAUGGCAAUCUCGCCGCCCCAAGAGACUCGCUAGAACUCGCCUCACUCGCCUCCUCCUCCCCCGUCUCCGUUGGAGGUUCCUCACGCUCCUCAUCCCCCGACGGAAUCUCCUCCUCGCGCAAGCUCUCCCUCGAAGAUGAAGAUCCCCUCGCCGGCGAAGAAGGGGACGUCUACCUAGAAACAGGCCGUCAACGCACUCUCCGCUCAUACUCGAUCUCCUCCGCCUUCGACUUUGGCCGGAACCUGUUCCCAUUGUCGCAAACGCAGACCGGAUAUGCUCCGCUAGGAACGCCGUCAGCGCUGGGCAGGCAAGGAACCGAUGGCUCGUUGGAACGGAAUAAGACGUUGACGUACUUGAAUGGAUUGUCGCUGAUCGUGGGGUUGAUUAUUGGAUCCGGUAUCUUUUCGUCGCCGAGCCAGGUCAAUGCGAACGCGGGGUCACCAGGUGCGGCGCUCAUCGUUUGGGCGGUGGCGGGCUUGUUGGCGUGGACGGGCGCUGCGAGCUAUGCGGAGCUGGGAGGUGCUAUUCCUCUGAAUGGAGGUGCGCAGGUUUAUCUUUCCAAGAUCUUUGGAGAGCUACCGGGUUUCCUCUUCACGUGGUGUGCGGUGCUAGUCUUGAAACCGGGUUCUGCGGCGAUUAUCUCGAUUAUCUUUGGCGAGUAUAUCGUGCGUGCAUUUGUCGGGGCCGAUGUGGAACAGGUCAAUCCCUGGAUCAACAAGGGUGUUGCACUGGGAGGUCUGUUGGCAGUUACUCUGUUUAACUGCAUCUCCACUAAGAUCGCUACUCGGAUUGGUGAUCUAUUCAUGUUUUUCAAGUUUGUCGCCCUGCUUGGUGUUACUAUUACCGGUAUCGUGGUUGCCGUGACUGGCCUUUCGUCCAAGGGGAGUGCCAGUCAGGAAUGGAAAACCCACGGCUGGUUCGAGGGUACGAAUACUGAGAUAUCGGAUUUCGCCGUGGCGUUGUACGCAGGGCUCUGGGCCUUUGAUGGUUGGGACAACGUAAGCAGAGAUCCGAAUACCGGGAAUAUUUCUCGAAAUGUUCAUGCUAAUGCUUCUCAGACAAACUAUGUCACUGGCGAAUUCAAGAAUCCCAAUCGGGAUCUACCACGAGUGAUUCAUACGGCCAUGCCGCUGGUCAUUCUGUGUUAUCUGAUGGCCAACGUCUCCUACUUCCUGGUCCUCCCCCACGAAACAAUCGAAGCAAGCAACACCAUUGCCGUCCAAUUUGGUGGCAAAGUAUUUGGCCCCGUAGGCGCUCUGAUUCUCGCCCUCGUCGUGGGAGCCAGCUGCUUCGGAGCUUUGAACGCAACCACCUUCACCAGUGGCCGCCUCGUCUACGCCUCCGCCAAAGAAGGCUACCUCCCAUCACUCUUCGGCCGCAUCGGUCUGGGCAACUCUUCAUCCCCCGCUCCCCCAGCCGCAAGCCGUCUUCGCCGCCGGUCAUGGGCAAGCAGAUCCCUCUCACGAGUCUUCGGCGACGAAUCCCGCCUCGGAUUCACCCCCAUCAACGCCAUUGUAUUCAACGCCGCCCUGACAACGGUCUACAUCGCUGUAGGCGAGUUCAGCACGCUAGUAACCUUCUACGGCGUCGCAGGCUACACAUUCUACUUCGUCACCGUGCUAGGCCUAAUCGUCCUACGCAUUCGCGAACCACACCUCGAACGACCCUACCGCACGUGGAUCACCACGCCGAUUAUUUUCUGCUGCGUUAGUCUCUUCCUUCUCAGCCGCGCGGUGAUCGCCGAACCCCUUCAGACCCUCAUCGUGGUGGGCUUUAUCAUCACGGGUAUCCCGGUGUACUACUGGCGUAUCUACCAGCGUGAUGGGUCUACGGGUAUCUCAGGCUGGAAGUCUUGGAAGUGGCGCUCGCGUUAG